GUAUGAGGCUAGGGGAUGGAACUGGCGGCACUUCAUUUGAUCUGUUUGAUGGCGGAGUAACUGACAGUUUGUCACUGUCACCACAACCAUUCACGGAUGCGGGCCUCAUGGCAGACUCAACAUCAUCGGUGCUAGACACAGGUAUAUACAUAAAUGUUGACGGCCUGAUAUGCCUCUCUGUACUGUAUUUAAUAUAGUUUAAAUCAAAGUGCAAAAAUAAAUGCUACGUGGAUCAGUACACUAAAUUGUAUUUUACAGUUGGGUAACUUUAAAUACAUACAAAGUGGACACAGUUCCUUCCUGCACUAUUUAUUUUUGUGUCUAUGUAUUGUUUGUUUCUUUAACAGCAGGCUUGAUGCAGCAUCACAGUGACAUGGACGAAGCAGUCAAGUCUCCUGAGAGGAAAGGUUCGAACAGCUCCAUUACAUCAGCUGACCUGUCAAGUCCUUCCAAAUGUGGACCCUCCCAAUGUCCGGCAUGUGGUAAAACAUUCAGCAACAUUGGUGCCCUUGCCAAGCACAAACUGACCCACUCUGAUGAAAGAAAAUAUGUUUGUAAUGUGUGCUCAAAGGGAUUUAAAAGACAAGACCAUUUGUAAGUCUUAUGGAAGGUUCUCAAAUAUUUGUUGAUUUCAGUCAUUAAAAUAAUUGGCAGGUUGAGAGAAACAAGACUUUUGAAGGUUUUCUGAUCUCUUCAUCCUGCCAAUACAUAUUUACACACGAGUAUAAUAUACUGAAGCUAUUAAUACUUUCCUUUAUUCAGCACAUUACUUGUAUUAGAUCUUUUGAAGGAAGGCUCUUAGCCGACCCGUUCUUCUUUUUAUUGUCCUUUCAUUAUGUUCAGCUUCUGCCUGCUUUGUUCUCCUAUUUUAAUUCUUUUAAACAUGUGUCUAAGUUGUUAGGUAAACAUGUGUCUAAGUUGUUAGAAAAUUACAUUUGGAAUUAAGUUGUUUUUUUUGUCCAUGUUAUUUUCCCUCACUCAUAGAAAUGGGCACCUUAUGACACACUUAGAUAAAAAACCCUAUGAAUGUCAGCUAGAAAACUGUGACAAAGGAUACUGUGAUGCACGAUCUCUUAGGCGCCAUCUGGAACAGCAUCACCAUCUGGAUCCUCAGACCAUUCAGACGCAUGUCCAGGCCAGCAUGGCCGCCGCAGGAAUAUCCCCACCCGCGCCUCGUAAUGGAAGCAAGAAAAGCGGUGAUGGACGGGGCAAACAAAUUAAUUCCCCCGUCUGUAGUCCAGGUUCAGCCACUCCUACUCCAAGUCCGGGGGCCGCAGGGGUGAGUCAGUCAAUACCAAUAAGUGUGAUAUUUUCUUGUCUGAUUCAGACUGCAGCAAACAUCGUUCUAAUACUCUGUAGUAAAUAGAAGUGUGCCACAGCUUUCAUUUUUGUAAAUAUUAAAAUUGUAUUUGAAAAUAUCCUUUAAACCUCUAAAAUUCUCAACCUAUUAUUAUCUCUUAUACACAUUUUGUUUCUGGUGUGUCCUGAUUCCUCUUGACAACAUGUUUUAAGUAGUAGUACCUGAGUGAGAGAUCAAGACCUGUCACUCAGCGAGCUUUCAUGCGUGACGUCUCAACUCUGUUCAGUUUCAUCUUUUUCUUUAUAUUAAUCAGUAAAGAGUCACUGGAAUGGUGAAGGACUGUCUGUAGGACUAUUGUUUGAAGGCGAGCACGUAGAGUUUAGGACUGUCUUUAGGACUAUUGUUUGAAGGCGAGCACGUAGAGUUUAGGACUGUCUUUAGGACUAUUGUUUGAAGGCGAGCACGUAGAGUUUAGGACUGUCUUUAGGACUAUUGUUUGAAGGCGAGCACGUAGAGUUUAGGACUGUCUUUAGGACUAUUGUUUGAAGGCGAGCACGUAGAGUUUAGGACUGUCUUUAGGACUAUUGUUUGAAGGCGAGCACGUAGAGUUUAGGACUGUCUUUAGGACUAUUGUUUGAAGGCGAGCACGUAGAGUUUAGGACUGUCUUUAGGACUAUUGUUUGAAGGCGAGCACGUAGAGUUUAGGACUGUCUUUAGGACUAUUGUUUGAAGGCGAGCACGUAGAGUUUAGGACUGUCUUUAGGACUAUUGUUUGAAGGCGAGCACGUAGAGUUUAGGACUGUCUGUAGGUCUAUUGUUUGAAGGCGAGCACGUAGAGUUUAGGACUGUCUGUAGGUCUAUUGUUUGAAGGCGAGCACAUAGAGUUUAGGACUGUCUGUAGGACUAUUGUUUGAAGGCGAGCACGUAGAGUUUAGGACUGUCUGUAGGUCUAUUGUUUGAAGGCGAGCACGUAGAGUUUAGGACUGUCUGUAGGACUAUUGUUUGAAGGCGAGCACGUAGAGUUUAGGACUGUCUGUAGGACUAUUGUUUGAAGGCGAGCACGUAGAGUUUAGGACUGUCUGUAGGACUAUUGUUUGAAGGCGAGCACGUAGAGUUUAGGACUGUCUGUAGGUCUAUUUUUUAAAGGCUGGGUUACUGCGCUAUACAAGACCACUUUCAUAAUAAUAACAACAAUAAUAUAUUAUAGAAAAUGAGAGGUUAACUUUUUUUUGUCAAACUUGGAGCCACCACAUAUUUUCUCAAAAAAGCUGCAUCCGGUUGAGCCCUAGUUAUUAUUAUUAUUAUUAUCAUUAUUAUUAUUAUUAUUAUUUUGAUUAUAAUCAUAGUGUGCUUUUUAUUUCCAAAAUGCUUUUAAGGAUAUAAAUGUUAAGAAUGAAAGACACAGUUCUGUCUGACAGAGGUUGAGAUAAUGUUCUGUUUCUCAGGCUGGUGGCAAUGUCUUUCACUUUGAUGCCCAGCAGUUGAAGAACAAUCAGCAACAAAAGCAGCAGGAGCUAAUGGUGCAGCAAAUUCACCAACAGCAAAAGCUGCUUUUACAGCAACAGAAACAGCAAAAGCAGCAACAAGAGGAGGUCAGUGAGGCGGAAAUAGAAUAUCAAAAACAACUUUUUGUAAGAUCACUUGAUAAAACUUUUUGUCCUAAUUGUUAUUUAUAUAUCAUUAUUGAAGCUCCAAAUUAUAGACAAUCCUUUUUUUAAAAUUUAUAAUAAGUAACUUGUUUUACUUUGUGACUAAACUUUCUGGAAUGGGCAAUGUUAAAUAUCUGCCUUAUGCUAUUGAUGAAAUGUAUUACAGAAGACUAAAGAACAAAAGAUCACCAUCCAGGCCAGUGACACUGUUGCCCAGCAACUGCAGAUCCAAUUACAGAUCCAACAGCAGAAACAGCCCGCAGACAUGCUUGCGGUCAUUCAACAAGUGCAGCAGCUAAAGCAGCAGGCCCUUCAACAGCAACAGCUCGAUGUGCAAAAGAAGAAAGUGGCGGCAGAGAAGGAAUCGGCGGUCGCUGCCACAGCCCAGCAAGAAUCUCCCAUGGUGUGGCAAGAUAAGGCCGGGGUAAGAAAUGUAAGGGAGGCACUUUGCUUUUUAGCAUUGCGUCAAUUCUAGGAUCUCAUAAUAAAAAAACCCAGUGACUUUAAUUCUCAGCUGCCAGCAAUCCAUUUUGUACAUAUCAAUUAACCAUUUUAUGUUUUUUUUUACAUGGAAAAAUGGAACAUUCAGCUAUAGUGUAGCUUUUUACAGUAAAUAGGAAAGUGAAUUUUUCUGAGGAAUCAUCAUAAAAUAUUUUUAUUAAAGCAGAAUAGUAGUUGUGAUCCCCCUUUCUGUCACAGGUAUACACAGUAAUCCCCCUUUCUGUUACAGGUGUACACAGUAAUCCCCCUUUCUGUCACAGGUAUACCCCUUUCUGUUACAGGUAUACACAGUAAUCCCCCUUUCUGUCACAGGUAUACACAGUAAUCCCCCUUUCUAUCACAGGUAUACACAGUAAUCCUCCCUUUCUGUCACAGGUAUACACAGUAGUUCCCCUUUCUAUCACAGGUAUACACAGUAAAUCCCCUUUCUGUCUCAGGUAUAUAAAGUAAUCCCCCUUUCUGUCACAGGUAUACACAUUUGUUGGUACCCCUACUUCCAAUGAACAUUCUCCAACAUCUCGUAAUGACCAGUCACCCGGUGGUGUGGUCAUCACAGCUGAGCUGCCCACCCGAAGCCCUGUGUCCCCGGCUGCAGUCCAGCCCAUCAGCCCCAUGACCAGCCCACAGAAUAGAGGAUCUUGGUUUACCACCUCACCUGACAGCUCUUCUCUAACAAAAAGGUGUGCAUCAUCUCAAAUCACUUUCAACUCUGCAAAUCUUUAUAAUAGGUCUAGAGUUACUUUUUAUAUUUCAGAUUUAAUAUUAUUAUUUUAAUAGUCUCCGGAAUAAACAAAAUAUUAAUUUCAUUAGGAUUUUUUUUCAUUUUUCCCAAUAUAUCCUCUUUAUAUGGAUAUUUGAAAGAACUUUCAGAAUAAAUUUUUUUUUAAAUACUCUUUUUUUUUUAAUGAACUCAUCUUAUGAAUUAUCAAAGAGCUGUUAUUUUUUUUUUAAAGAGAAUUGAUUACGUAAGAAUGAGUAGAUGGCUUCAAUGGACACAAUUGAAUAAAGUGGUUCAUGUGUCAUUUGUAUGGUAUAAAUUACAUUUAAAUUUUGUAAUUACAGCUUGUACUGGGGAAGAGAUAUUGUUUGUCUCAAGCCAAUAGUUUCCUUACUGAAGUUGAGCAAUUAGAAAAAACAGCAUUAUGUUUCUAUGUUUUACUUAUAAUUUGAACAAUUAAACAGCAUUAUGUUUCUAUGUUCCCUCUUUUUUCCCUACUGAGCCAGCCUUGAGGAGCAGCCAAAGAGUCAAGCGUACUGUACCACUUGUGAUAGGUAUUUUAAGAAUGCCGCUGCUCUUAACGGACACAUGAGAUGUCACGGAGGAUAUCUGAAAAAGGGAAAGGUAACGAUAGCUUCACCAAACCUACACGUGCAAUCUAAACUUAACACAGUGAUGAAAAGAUUUUAUUUUUGUUACUUGUUUGGUUCAAAUUUAGUAUUCAGUUUGAUUGCAUAGCUGCUCUUAACGGACACAUGAGAUGUCACGGAGGAUAUCUGAAAAAGGGAAAGGUAACGAUAGCUUCACCAAACCUACACGUGCAAUCUAAACUUAACACAGUGAUGAAAAGAUUUUAUUUUUGUUACUUGUUUGGUUCAAAUUUAGUAUUCAGUUUGAUUGCAUAGCUUUUAAGCCAACAUCAGGACAAAUAUUUUAGAUUGACUAACAUCUGGGCUGUGUGAAAAUUUUAUUUAAAGAUUAUUUCACGUUAUGUCAUGCUUUAUGGUCUUCAUUUUUAUAGAACAUUAGAUAAAGCAGCACUUGCAUUGAGGAAAUCGGCAGUGGGGCAGUGUAGUUGCUAUCUUGUAGGCUGAGACAUCGAUGAAGAUGACAUUAAAAUAAAAUAUAAAAUAUUAUCCAAAUACAUCCAUCCAUCCAUCCCUGUGGCGCUACAGCCCAUGUAGGGCUUUGGCCUGCCUCACUACUUCCUUCCACUCAGACCUAACUAAUGCCUUUCUUUUCCAUGCUUGGACUUUCAGCUGCUGUAGAUCUUUUUCUACAUCAUCUAUCCACCUAAGCCUAGGUCUGCCUUUGAGCCUUUUUCCUCUGGGGUAUUGGUGAUGUACCCUCUUCGUUCCUCUGUCAUUUGGCAUUCUCUCUAGGUGUCCUGCCCAGCGUAGCCUGGCUCUUUUUAUUCCUGCCACUAUCGUAGGAUCCUGAUAUAGACUGUAUAAUUCAUGGUUGGUUCGUAUUCUCCAUCCAUAUUCAUCCUUUGUUGGCCCAUAUAUUUUCCUGAGAACUUUCCUCUCCCAUGUGUUUAAUAGGUUUUCUGCUGUUUUUGUUAGGGUCCAAGUUUCACUUGCAUAUGUUACAACUGGUCUGAUCACAGUUUUAUAAAUAGUUUUCUUUGUUUCUCUUGUAAUGUUUUUACUUUUGAGUAUUUUCUGACUACUGAAGUAUGCCCUGUUUCCGGCUGAUAUUCUUUCUUUUAUUUCUGUUAGUAAUUCGUAUCUUUCAUUUAAAAAAGAUCCAAGGUAUUUGAAUUGAUUUACUUUUUCAAAAGUCUGGUUUCUAAUUUUAAUUGCUUCAUCUGUUUGUUCUUCUCUUAUCUUGGUCAUGUAUUUUGUUUUUUGGUUGUUAACUUCCAGCCCUGCUUUUAGUGAUGCCUCUUCUAAUUCAAUUAAAGAUUUUGAUAUGCCUUUAAUACUUUUCCCUAGCAGUGCUAUGUCAUCAGGAUAUGCAAGAUACUGAAGUGGUUGGUUGUAGAGUGUGCCCGUUGGUUGUGGGUCUUGAGUUUCCCUCAGAAAGUAUCUUGUUAUCGUUCCUCGAGUGUCAAUGUGUAUGUUUCUAAUAACUCUCUCAAUGUUAGGUUAAAGAGCAUACAAGACAGUGAGUCUCCCUGUCUUAGGCCUCGUCUAAUAUGAAAUUCCCUUGAAUAUUCUCCUUGAAUCUUGAUUUUGCUUUUUGAGUUGUUUAGUGUUACAUGUAUUACCUUGUCAGUUUGUUGGGUAUCCCAAACUCCUGUAGAGUCUCAUAUAAAUAGUUUCUUUUGAUGCUGUCAUAGGCCAUUUUAUAGUCUACAUAGAGUUGAUGUACUGGUAUAUUAAAUUCAUAGCUUUUCUCUAACAGGCAUCUGAUGGUGAAAAUCUGAUCAGUCGUUGAUCUGUUAGGCCUGAAUCCGCAUUGGUAAUCACCUAGUAUUUCUUCAGUGUAAGGUUGUAGUCUUUUGGCAAUUAGUUUCGUCAGUAUUUUGUAUGUAACAUUUAAUAGGGAGAUUCCUCUGUAGUUUGUGCACUGAAGUUUGGCGCCUUUCUUGUGUAUUGGGGUUAUUAAUGCUGUUUCCCAUUCUGUCGGGAUUUUCUCCUCUUGCCAAAUUUUAGUUAUAAGUUUAUGUAUCUGAUUGUGUAGUUCUUUUCCUCCAUAUUGAAUCAGUUCUGCUGUGAUAAGGUCUUGUCCGGGGGCUUUGUGAUUUUUCAUGUAAUUAAUUACCUCUUUGGUUUCUUCUAGGGUUGGGCAUUGUAUAAAAGGGUCUGGUCCUCCCUGUGGGUGUUGAUAAUCUUCUUCUUGUCUAUUGUCUGCAUUCAGUGUGUCCUCAAAAUAUUCAGCCCACCUCUCCAAUACCUUACUAUUUUCUUCCUACACAUUUUUGUUGCUUUCCUUCUGGCUUCCUUGUAUGCUUGUAUUGUCUUUCUGGUUUCCCUUUGUAACAUGAUCAUUCGUGCUUUGUUUCUUUCUUCCACAGUCACUCUGCAUUCAUUGUCGUACCAGCCUACUCUAUUGUUGGCUUGCUGAAAUCCCACUACUUUUUCUGCUGAUCUUUUAAUGGCAUUUUUUAUCCUAUUCCACUGUUCAUUUAUGUUGUUUUCCCCGUUUAUUUCCUCGUGCGAUGCUUCUAAUUGUGCUUCUACUUCAUUCUGGUAAGCUUUUGCAGUUAAUGGGUCUUUGGGCAGCUUUUGGUAAUCGUAUCGUUUCUCUCUUUGAUUACGACCAUUGUGAACUAAGCUUAUCCUCUGCCUAUAUUUCACCCUUACAAGUAGAUGGUCCGAGUCCGCAUCUGCUCCUCUAAGGCUUCUCACAUCUAAUAUAUCUGAUCCAUGUCUUCGAUCUAUUAAAACGUGAUCGAUUUGAUUGCGGGUGAUUCCAUCUGGUGAGUUCCACGUAGCUUUAUGUAUAUUUUUGUGCGGAAACUUGGUGCUGCUAACUGACAUCCCUUUUCCUACCGUGAAGUCUAUGAGUCGGAUCCCAUUGUCAUUGGAUUCUUCGUGCAGACUUUCCUUGCCAAUAGUUGGCAUGAACACCUUUUCUUUUCUUAUUUUGGCAUUGAAGUCUCCAAUCACUAUUUUAAUAUCAUGUCGUGGUGCCUCUUCGUAGAUCUUUUCCAGUGUCUCAUAAAAGGAUUCUUUAUCCUGAUCUUCCGUGUCUUCCGUUGGAGCAUGUACAUGUAUUAAUGUUAAAUUGAACAUUUUACCUCGCACACGCAAAGAACACAAUCUUUCGUUCUCUGGUUUGAAGCCUAUGACUGCACUGACCGCUUCUUUUUUCAUGGCAAAUCCUGUUCCUAGUGUGUUGGUGUUGCAACCACUAUAAAAUAUGGUGUAUUCUUUUGUCUUGAGGAUGUCUGAAUUUUUCCAUCAAAUUUCUUGCAAUGCAGCAAUUGAUAUUUUAUAUUUGACCAGCUGAUUUACAAGGUUGGCUAAGGCUCCUGCUCUAAACAGGCUUAAUACAUUCCAAAUCGCAAUCCAAAAAUCAUGUCCAUAUCCAUGCAUAGGUCGAUUUCCAUUGGUAUCAGUCCGGGUUUUGUUCAGUUGCUUGGCUUUCGUAACGUUGUUUUUUUUUACGUGGCCGGGUUGUUAACCCUGCGCACAACCGUCUUGGGGGGUUGCCCCUUACAGCUCUCUGGAUAGCUGCCUUAGUUUUUGGGUAAGGUUCCCUAGCCUUUGUGGAUCUCUCCACUUCCUACAAGGCAGUAGGUUAUGAUUUUGGUCAGCCCCAGGUAUUUUAUUUCCCUGGUACCCUCCAUAUCUGGUGGGCUUUCCCACCUGGGGAGGCGCUCGAUGAAAGAUCAGUAUCUCCGCACGAGAUUAUCCAAAUACAUUGGAACAAUUUUUUGGAAUAUAGAUAAAGUUUACUUUAGGGUAUUAUUUUUUAGACUUUCUUAUGAUUGUUGAAAAUUCAGUAAUUGUAUAAAGAUUAUUUUGUAGUAUUCUGUUUUAUACUUGCGUUCAAGUAGUGAAAACUCCAUCAAACUCACAGUUGCGACUCAUUAACUUUAUGCACUUAGGAAAAAGAUGGCAAGAAAUCUCCAAUGCGUAAGACAUCCAGCUCCUCAUCAUCAGAUAUGGGGCCCCCUCUUCGAAGACCCCCUCAUACCUCCACCCCUUCGCCCCAGCCGGCCAGAAGCUCCCCUUCAACCCCCACAUCGGCCACAUUCUCCCCUACUCCCCUGACACCCGGCCAGUCUGACCAGCACGGUGCAAUAGAUGUGAUGAGUGUUGGCUCUCCAUCUGACCAGCACAUUCAGAAUGUAAGUUUCAGAACAAUGUUAAGUCUCCUUCAAAUGUUUACACAGCUUUUCAUCAAGCCUGCACCAAAUUAAAUUGUUGAGAAAUAAAACAGCAAUCAUCGUAAUAAACAAUUUUUAUGUUGAUAGCGGUAUUUAGUCUUGAAAUAAACAGCUUCUGGAUAAAUUUAAAUCCAUAUGAAUGAUAGUUUUUUAACAUAUUAAAUUGUAAGUUUGAUUCUAUAAUAACUUUUGAAAAUAUUAAUACCUAGGUGUGAUUCUAUGUUUAUAUACAAAUCUCUUUAAUUUAUAAUGUCAGUGGAUGAGAAUGAUAUGGACUAACUGAAACUUGAGAUUUCAUGUUUUCAUUAAAAUGAUUAACUAGCUAUCGCUUGCAGUCAGCAUUGAAUCUCAUGAGAAAUGUCUACUGUAUGUUGAUUUCUAAUUGUUUUCAAAGUUUGAUAUUUAUUCUUAGUAAACUCUUUGAAAAGAAUAAUUGAACAGGUUGAUAUUGGGGAGAUUUCUCUGUUUCUCAAGCUGCAGCUAUAGUGAGUCACUUACCUAUGUUAAAACACUUUAAUCUCAACUUCAUUUAGUUCACUAUAAAAGCAGACGGGACAUUGCUGGAUGCAGUUCUACCCCAACAAAAGCACAAACACUUACAGGAACAGCUGUCCUCACACAUACUGAAGAGGAGAAUGUCUGAAGAACAACAGCAGAGGAGGCAGCAACAGAAAACACUACAGCAGCAGCAGUAUCAACAGCAGCAGCAGUCUAACCAAGAGAGCAUGCGUUUCUUUGAGGAGCACAUCAAGGCCCAGCAACAAUUGUUACAAGAACAGUCCCAACAAAACAUACAGGUGCGUGGAAUAUUUUGUGCUGGAUUCCUAGAGCACAACAGAAAGUGCAAUCACUCUGAUGAUCUUUUUGAAUAUUUUGGUACUGAAAUGAUGGGUGUGUAACCAGUCACAUAUUAACUUUGGCACAAAAAAAAUGGACUGGACUAAUAGACAUAGACUGGAACUCACCUUUUUUAAAAAUGUAUCUAAUUGCAUUCCCCCUCCCCUUCCCCACUUUUCUAUACUCAUUUUGUGAUUAUAUUAUUAGGUAUUGACUGCAUAAAUGAGAUACCAGUUAAUAAUUAUUUAUUUUAUUUAUUUAUCUUUUAAUAAAAUGUGUAGUGAGAGCUGCUGCAAAUUCCACCCCCCUUCCCGUAUAAUUAUACUAUGAUAACAAAGAUGCCUUUAUAUCGAAUAGGAUAAAGCCAAUUUCUUUUCAGUUAUUGCUUGAAGUUUAUCCAUGUGGAACAACUGCCAAAGGAACAUGUCCAAUGAACAAGUUCUUGAGAUAAACUGCAGUUAUUUGAUUAUUACAUAUCAGGAAUUAAUACCAUUCAUUUUUUAUUCCAACAGCUUUUAUCUGGCCAGAUACUGUGUGAUACUUCAACAGUUCCAAUGAGCAUAGAGUCUAUGCCAGUAAGGAC